UAUUCAUCAUGCAUAUCAAAGAGCCUGACUUUGUUAUCUGCAUUGACCUCUUAUAUUAUGUUAAAGAAACUUGAUACUUUGCCAACAAGUUCUAGCAGCUUAAACUGACAUUGUAAGCUAGGAGAAGAGAAGGAAGAAGGGAUGUGCCGUGGCCCGUGGGAUUCUCCUACGCGUCUAAUUAAUUGUCAGUAUUUUCUUAUCUGUCAAAAGUUGAACGAAGAGAGGCUAGUGUUGGGUUGUGACUCAUGACUAGUUUAUACAAUUAGGAUAAUGGUGCCUAGUCAAAAUUCAAGAACAUUUAGACCUGAGUUUAGGCCUUAAGGAUCCCUCAAGCUUUGGUAUAAUGGCUUUCGGCUUGUCCAUCUUGAACAAAGUAUGGUACUUGGAAUUUAAGAUCCUAGCUCCUUGAAGUCUGAAGUACGGGGCUUUUGUGUAGUGCACUGGGUCUAUGGUUGGGCCAAGCCCCUGGUAUAGCCGGACCUAUGCGGGAAUGCCAUGGCCACCAACCUUGUUUGAUUACAUUGACGUGUACAGAGGGGCAGGCCAGUGCAGGGACAUAUGGGAGAUUAGGUCCCAUCACAUCAGUGCCUCAACUGCCCAACUGUAACUCCAAAUGAGGACGAAUAAGACCAACAAGAUUCGGAUUUCAGAUUUCUCACUCUUGAUGAUUGUCACCAUUCACUUGUUAUGACCCGCGUCGCACUCGAACGCACCCCAAGGUUCCCAUAAACUACGUCACCAACCCCAAUGUUCUCUCUCUCCAUCUGCCAGGGAAUAAUAAUUUCUCAUCAACCCUUCAAAGUCUAAAGCUCUGUUCUUUCUUUCUGAAGUGCUGUCUGUUGGAUAAGGUCCUUCUCUUUCUCUCUGUCUCUCUGGCUGAUCAACAUCAAAUUCAACUAUGAAGAAGCUCUACCGUAGAGGCACGGUCCAUCCAUCACCACCAAUCACAACCGAUCAUCUGUCCUUCCUUCCAGCCACCAUCUUAACCCUUGCAGCUGCUCUUUCCCCUGAAGACAGGGAAGUCUUGGCCUAUCUCAUCUCUUGUUCUAACAACGAUUUUGGCAACUUUUCAAGCCACCGCAAAAACACCCACAAAAAUCCAACUAAACGAAGCAUCAGUAGCAGCAGCGAUCAUGAUCAUCCUCCUCUUUUUACCUGUGAUUGUUUCAGGUGCUACAUGAGUUACUGGGUCAGGUGGGACUCAUCGCCGAACCGCCAGCUGAUUCACGAGAUUAUAGAUGCUUUUGAAGAUGGAUUAGCUCAAAGCAAGAAGACGAAGAGCAAGAAAGACAGGAAAAAGAAAGGCGGUGGUGCUGAUGGCUCUGGGGGUUUGAAAAGACCCGAGUUGAGUUUAAGAAAGGACGACUCGAGUGAGUUGAAAUCGGUGGAAGAGAGUACCAGUAGCAGUAGCAUUAGCAGUAGUGGUGAAGUUUGUGCGGAUGAUGGUGAAGAAGGAACAGAGAAGGGUUCAGUAAGGAGCUUUGUGAACUUCAUUGGAGAGAGGAUUUGGAACGUUUGGGGCCAAUGAAUUUAGACCCAGAAUCGAGGAACAGAGGUGGGUUUAGCUCCAGCUUUUUCCUCUUCAUAAGAGAAAGAAAAAAAAAAAGGAAGUUCUUACCUCUCUUUUUAAUUUUGUAUAUUACGCCCUUUUACAAUGUAAAAAUGGGUACUUUAAUCUUGAAUCAUCUUGUUUUUGUUGUUCUUGAAGCAACCCCUUUUGAUAAAGAUUUUUAUCUUUGUCCUUCCAUUUUCUAGCUUAAGCUCUCUGUAUAAAACAUACUAUAUUCAGAUUAGUUAUCAACUCAUGAUCAGUGGAACUGAUGGUAACAAAUUUAUCAUUUUUCCCACUG